CUUUUUUAGGAAGAUGUUUGCUUGGGGCAAGACAGAUGAUGGGGGUUGGCAUCCUGGUUGGCUCGCGGCAUCUAUAGCUAUAGUCCUACUUUUAGUUUUUAUAGCUUGUUUCAGUUUGCGUAAUUUGCUAUUUCUUAGACAAACAACGACUUGAGCACUUAUACUUUUCAGUUUUUCAGGAGAGAAUUAUUUGAGGACAACUGCAUCCACAAUGUUUCACCUCUGGCACACCCAUCUUUUGCCAAUUUGUCAGCUUUCUCGUUUGCUUCCCUGAAUAUAUGGUAAAAGCCAACACAAUUGACAAGUUUUGCCAGAUAGUCUAUAUGAUUCAGGUCAUUUGAAAGGGUUAGAGGUCCUCGAACAGGAGAGGACAAGACACCCAUCCCAAUGCCAUAGUAAAAUCACUCUCUAUGACCAGAUUGUUAUUCACAAAUUGUUGACAGAACAAUAGCGGAUUGAGUAUCGCUUUAACUUCGGCUUCAAAUGCCAAUCCAUGACCCACAUUCUUUGAGAAGUAACCUAAGAUGACAUAGUUGAAAUUUCGAAGGAUACCUCCCACCCCACAUUGACCAGUGAUAGAGAUGAAGCUGGGGUUGCUCAAUGUUGCCAUUGUAGUGGUAAUUUUAUUAUGCAGCUUGAAUACAUUGCUUGGGAUUAGGUUUAUGAUUGAUAGAGAAGAAUGCUUCUCUCAUAAUGUUCAGUAUGAAGGGGAUACAGUUCAUGCUUCAUUUGUUGUCAUCAGCACUGAUUCAUCUUUGCACUAUACUCAAGAAGGUUUAGACCUUGUGGUGAAGGGACCUUCUGGUGAUCAAAUUCAAGAUUUUCAAAACAAGAUAAGUGAGAAAUUCGAAUUCGUGGCUCGACACAAAGGACCCUAUCGCUUCUGCUUCACCAAUAAGUCUCCUUAUCGCGAAAAAAUCGAUUUUGAUGUGCAUUCAAACCACUUUCCACCCACUGAUCAGCAUGUGAAAGAUGAGCAUUUGACUCCUUUGUUAGAUCAGAUCAUAAAGUUAGAGGAAGCUCUUUUCAACAUUCAGUAUGAACAGCAUUGGCUUGAGGCACAGACAGAACGCCAGGCAAUAGUAAAUAAUGCUAUGAGCUCCAGAGCGAUUCACAAGGCCAUACUUGAAUCAGCAGCAUUAAUCGGUACCAGCAUUCUGCAAGUUCAUCUUCUUCACCGCCUCUUUGAAAGAAAGCUUGUGACGUAGAAAACUGCAAUGAAUGGAUAUGUAUGUUGAUUUUGGAGAAAAACUUCUCAGCUCCACUCAAUUUUGUUUGUAUUUUAAGUUAAUUUGUAUGAUAGGGAUCAGCUGAUUCAGAAUCAUUUAGCAGCUUUGGUUUCCUUUUUUAUUUAAGGGCAAUUCUGCACAUGAAUUAUACUUUUGUCACCCUGUUAUGCUACACAAGAGAUAUGCUAUGUACUGUUAACA